UUAUGUACAUAAAUAGAUAUAUGCUAUUUGUAGUCACUAAUGAUUUAUACUUUAUAUAGGUCUAAGCUGACGCUGUGCAUUCGGCAAGAUAACGAAGAUGAGUAGGGAAAUGCCGUCAAGCGUUAGUCCAAAGCUAUCUCCACUGACUACUUGGAAAGUACCCGGUCGACCUGAACCCGCGUCGUUUGGUCAUUCUGGGAGUCUGUUGAUCCUCAAUAAGUUCUCGGAAUUAAUAAUCUGGACUUUGACAAAGCCCGAAUCCAAGGCUGCUUACAUCCGAAACCCCAGAGUAUUAGUUCCCGGCACCUGCGAGAUGAAAUUACUAAUAAAAGAUGCGCGAAGCAUAAUCUACAUGUCAAAUCUCAGGCAGGCGGAACCCGAUGCUGACCUUGAUAUCGCUUCGGAAAGUUCUGCGAUGUAUCAGGUUUAA